GGUGGCGUCACAGUGCUUCGCACGUCUUCGGCUGCUAAGGCGUGUGCGUCGCAAACAGCUGAUGUUAAUUUUUGCCUAGUUCUUAUUUAGUUGCUUCGAAAAUGCACCCGCAAUCGCAUGAAAAGCUGCGUCCAGAAUUCUUCUAAGUGCGUUUGUCUUGCUAGUUUUGAGAUAUGUUAUACUUAAGCACAAGGCUCAGUGGUGCGUGCGAAAUGAAGAUCAGCGUAAUGAGUAGCUCUGGUGUUGAGUGGACUGUUGAGAUUUUGCCCGAGUACACUGUUGAAAAGCUGAAGCAAAUGUCUCUCAGUCAUUUCUGCAACCCGCUGGACUGCAUAAAGCUUUCCGAUUUCUACAAACUAGUAUCCGUUUCCCAAGCAAGACCGCUGUGUGAUCAAAGUUCUGUCAGAGAGGAAAAGAUCCGCGAUGGAGAUGAGCUGCUGCUCCUGAAACGUAGUUCCACGUUUUCUUUAAAUGCGAACAAGUCAACUGAGGGUCAGAAGCAAGCAGUUCCGGACAAAGCUUCCAUCGAUUUAGCGACGGCGAAUGUCGAACGCAAGAAUUUCGACAAACCUGCCAUGGGUGUGCCGCUAGUUCCUGAUUUUCACACUGAGCUGCGAAGGAUAUUGGUUUCUCUUGUGGAGUUGUCCGAGAAACUGCUUCGUCAUCAUCCAGACAUUGAAAACAUCUUCAAGAAUUUGCAGGGCAAGCUUAUGGAGAACCGGGAACCUGAAAUUGAUGAAGCAGCAUUGAAAAAGCUGUUGGAGAUGGGAUUUGAGGAGCAACAAGCAAUUCAAGCAUUGAGAGAAAACAAAAUGUGUCCAAUGGCAGCAAUGGAUUGGCUGCUAACCAAGGGCUGCAGACAAGAAAAGGAUGCUGACUGUGAAACUUCCACAAAAGAUGUUCCUGCUGGUGCCACUGCUCAAGCUAGUGUGGAUAAGCAGAUGAAUGCAGAAAUUUCAAAUUGCAGUGCAACAACAGAACCAGAGCAAAAAGGAAUUGUGAAUGCGAUGCUUGAAUGCUUUCAAGAGUACAAACGGAAAGACUUUAAGCCCAAUAAAAAGGCCAUGAACAAUCUUAAGGAAAUGGGCUUUUCGGAAACUGCAAUCUUGGAUGCACUCCGAAUUCACAGCAACAGCCAGGAAGCUGCGUGUGAGUGGCUACUAGGGGAUCGUCGACCUAAGCCUGUGGACUUGCAAGUUGGCCUUGACACCAGCAGUGGUAUAUACAGGUCCAUCGUCAGUAAUCCUGUGGUGCAGCUGGGCCUGUGUUCACCAAAGACUCUCCUAGCCCUGCUCCAAAUGCUGGAAAACCCUGGCUGUGCCUCUCGCUGGCUGAAUGACUCGGACACAGCACCUAUUCUAAGCCAGAUCUUCCGUAUCUACCAUGCUGAGAAACACUCGGUGCAACUUGUGAGGCCCUUAGUGACAACGUGUGACGACGGCACCGCACUCGCAUUCUGCUCCACAAUGAAACCGAGGAGUGACGCAAGGCACAGCUGCAGAGGCUUGAAUGUCGUUAUUGCCUCCCUUGUCAAAAUUGGUUCUCAGCAGGCUCUUUAUCACCACUGCAUUCACCUCUUUCCUGUCAAGGAUGGUUUCAAUUAUAUCGUUGGUUGCCAGUUUCGAGCGUGUCAUCGUGUGUAUGUCAUAGAGUACUACGGAGCCCAGACACUUUGCGAUCAUUGCUUUGCCGAUUGCUGCUCUCCUUAUGUGCACUGCAGCUGUGGAGAGCAGCAGUGGCGCCGCUACAUGCAUUUGAUGUAAAUUAACAAAUCAGCCAUCAGACACACCUAAAUUCCUUCGUUGCGCAGGUAAUUUUAUUGUAGUAGUCGUUUCUGUAGAAGCAUUCAGAGUACAUGCGAAAUAUGUAUGUGAAAGAAUACACAUGAAAGUUUGGCCAGGAUGUUCAUGCUCGUCCAAUAUGAAAGGGAACACUUCAUCUGUCUUGAAACAGUGAUUCUUGAAACUGAGAAAGUCAGAUCCUCCGUCACUAUUUUUUAUGUUGUUCACCUGUUGAACAAUCCCCGUCAUGCAAUUUUUUCCUCAUCACGAGCAUACACAAGGAAAAUUACCAGCUUUGAAUGUAAACUCGCUGUUCCCUUUCAUGUUGGCAUACCAUGUAUGUAGUCCUUCAUUAUACAGAUCACUUUGUUGUAAAGGCAUUUGUUGUAGACCCGUUUAACUGGACAAGGUAAGGUAGUCCAUUUUACCAACAAAAAUUAUCUAGGCGUGAUUAGGCGCUGUCAAAUUGUAUGAUGUACAGUGAGCUAGUGUGAAAACAUUAAAAUGACGCUGCCACCUGUCAUUCAUUUUUGCAUCUUUUCUUGCUUACCAAUCCUCCUCUCAUGGUAAGAGUGACUUUUUUGGUAUUGUAAAAGGGUAAUUUGCUUAUGCAGCUGAACUUAUUUUUUCUCUUUAGUGUCAAUUUAAAGGGGUCCUGAACCACUUUUUAUGGAAGCCGUGAAAUGCAUUUGAAGUUAAAAUAGACUAUUUGAGAAAUACACUGCCACAAAAGGUACUUCAAUGGAUUCAGCAAAAGUGGAUUAUUGGCAUUCAGAGAUCGCCUAUGAUCCCCUUCGCGGUGCUCCCAUUCCUCCUUCAAUGCCUUGCACUGCGAAGGCUACGGCAGAGUGGGACAUGCCCACAACAUUCCACCUACUGAACGUCACUGUAGCGUGCAGUUCAAAUUUGAUUUUGGAUGUCCACGUAGACACCACUAUUCCCGGUUUUGGUGCCUACAACGCGCCAAAUGCAGUUGUCUUAAGCGAGUCACAAUGCGCUCAGUGAGCAGACACCCCACGGUGGGCACAGUAUCUACACUACAUAGCAGGCCACAGCUACAUGCAACUGUAGUGCGUGGGCAGUGUUUGCAUUGUGCACGACAGGGCUCGAGUGCACACUCACUCUCGUAUGCUCCUGUCUGGCCAUGCUACAUGGUGCGGACCAGCUUUGUCCUGCACCAGCUUGACCGACAGGUGGUAGCCACAUCCAACUUGCGCAUUUUGAAGCACUGUCAAUAGCUCAAUACGAAGCGAAGUCUGCCAAGGUGUCUAGCCAGGAGCAGCCAGGAGUGAGCAGGCACUGGCAAACAUGCAUGUGGUCUGACCUUAAGUUUCGCAUGGUUCGAGGCUAGUUGAGUGUUCACAACUGAUCGAAAUUAGCAAGACCCAACGGCUAAGACACCAAUGAGCAGUCUGUCCAAAGCUUAGUUCCUACAUGGCAGCCGAGCAUGAGCAGACAAUAAUUGGCUUCUUCCUGAAGUACAUAAUUCUUAUUAGACAGUUAUAGUAUAGCGUACGCAACUAUAGCAUACACUAAGCAGUACAUGUUUGUUACAGUUUUAGUUGCCCUGCAAUAUCUUAGGAUCUCAGAGGCCAUAUGUCGUCGUUCAGGCUACCUCCCGACUGUAGCAAUAGCUGGCGCUGACAUCUCGAAUGUUUCGUUAGGCUUCGACUCAUUUGAAACGAGAAGUGAUCUCGAAAACUCCACAAGGUUAUCCAUAAUACUCUGUCGUCGAAGCGACCUGAGACUAAAUGAAAGCUGUUUACACAGUCAUUUGCUAUAAACGAAGUGAAUUUUACAGAAGCAACGCCAAAUUCAAUUUGAAGCGGGCAGCUGGGACCGCCACCAUGUUUUGCGCAAACUACGCAAACCACACAAAGACACUAGCGCUAAAUCUGAGAAAUAGCAUGCGUACACUAUACGCUAUGAGUUGUUUAGCGUUCUGUGCAAGCGCAGUAACAGCCCGCUUUUUUAUAGCGUAAACAAUGGCAUAGCGUACACUAAACUAAAACUGUCUAUUGAAAUUCGAAAACAGAUUUUCACUUCAGCCUGUUUAUUAAACUGUGUCAAUAAAUAUACACAGUAACAGUAGAAAGAAGUGCACUGAUCCAAACACCCUUCUUGAUUGAUGUCGCCUGAAAAGAGUGAGGAGUAAGCUUCUGUUGAAAGAAGAGUGAUUGCGCUCCGCUUGUGAGCUCCACACACUGCACACAGCUGCAAAAUUUGACUGAGGUGUUCACAACAGCUUAUGCUAUCUAUGGGCUACAUUUUUUCACCAAGCCCAUGGGGUGGUUCGGGACCUUUUUAAUGGUCACCUCGCAGAGGGGUCACUAACCGGGCAUGUCUUGCAUGUUCUGCUUGCUAAUAAAUGGCUCUCAGGACACCUCACAUUGACUACUGCGUAGAAGCUGCAUUACGGAGGUGCUUCUUAGCAUUGUCCAGCAGUUUCAAAGAGUACUGUGAGGUUCUUUUCAAAUGUAUAGAUUAAGUUGGGGGCUCACAAUACCUGUUUGUAGUAAUAAGGAGAUCAAAUAGUCACAGAAUUCUGUGGAUAUAUAGGCCUUUAGGGUAAUGUUGAUUUUAUGGAAUAUGCGCUGUGCAGUGUGUAAACAGCUGCAAUCAUUUGCUGAGUGGCAUUUAAAGGGGACAUGGUACAAGAAUGACAACUUUUGCUGUAUAGUGUACUUGCUAUGUCUGAAGUAAACUUGGAGUAUUCACUUGUGGCAGUAAUACAAGCGUCUCAUUCGAUAACUGCAUACUAGUUUUUUCAGAAAGUUGUGGCUUGUGCAAGGCUCUUAAGUGGCUGUGCUUACUUGGAGACUAUAUUGCUUGAAAAUUAAAGAAAGGCUUGCUUUAUACCCUAGAUUGUCUUAUGGGAGCCUAUUCUAGGCUACUGUGGAGUUACAUUUUCUACAUUUCACAGCUUAUUGCAACACCACCACCACCACUCUCAUUCUUCUGCUUUGGUUGAAGAAAUAUUCUUUUUUCUGUAUACAGGCAACCACAGCUAAAAAAUUUGAGUCAGCAAAGCAUUACCAAUGAAAUUCUAUACCAGAAGAAAGCCUGAAGUUAGAUACUAUAUCUUGUGUAAUAUAUGGAAAGAAUAGUUUUAAUGAAUUUGGACUUUGGUGGAAAAGUGCAAAAUGAUAAAACCUAGUUCAAAGUAUCUCAGAAAUGUCCCUUUUUGUUAUUAGCAAUUAUGUGCCUUGGGACCCUGCACUUUUUCGACGAAACUUGAGUUUUGUUAAACUUAUGGUUUAAUUCCAGCUUGCUAUAGCACAAUGCCUUCAGCAUAUCUGCCAAUUCACAAUGGUUUAUGUGGGCUCACCACUAUUGAUGCAUUACCACUGGCACUGUAGCUGAAAACAAUCCAAUAACUAGGAGUGUGUCCAAUUCUUGUCAAUUCCAGCCUUAGCAUCUUGUAUUUGACACUGUUACAUGAGCAAAAUUAUAACCAUGAACAACUGUUGCAGCUCUAGGAAGCCAUAUUGCAUCACCUUUUCAGUUAUUGUCCCAUUGUUGCUGCAGGUGCCAGUGUUCCACAUCUCACACUAACAGUGUUGUAGGAGAGUGAUGUGGCAAUCGCUGGCAACAACCUCGUACAGAGAAUGUUCAGGACAAUCCAUGAGAGUGUUCAGGGUGGUGCUGGCUUCUUUUUAGUGCCUAUAGCGAAGCAGUAGCAUUGUCUAUGGCAACCUCUUCUGUCAGCCUGUGCUCGCUUCUCACCAUGUGCUACAUCAUGUCUUUCUAGCAUGUUAUAUAAGCACUCGGAAACAGCUUUUCUGAUAGUGGUUGACUUGCAGUGCUAGGCUUAUUCCUCACUUCACAAGCACAAAUUGAAUGUUGUUGCUCCUACCAGAACUAUGCAGAUUACACUGGUUGAUGAACGAAUACAAAUUUUGGGAUUUUCAGGGCACCAAUGCAGAUAAAAUUUAGCAAACACAACCUUGAAUUGUGAAGGAACACAAAACUAAAAAAUCUGAAAAUAUGUUUCAUGUCAGAAAAUAGUGAUUUCUUGUACCAUGACCUCACUUUUGACGCAUCAGCACAUCCAUGAUGAAACCGCAAUGAUCAUUUUGAGACUGGAAGACCAACGGCUGCUUCUGACAGGCUCUCUGCAUUGGAAUGCCAUUAUAUUAUAAAAAUUUCCAGUUAAAAUAAAUAUAACUCCUGUUGAAUACACUCUCACUGAGAUUAUUUGCGUGACUGUUAAAUACAAAUGAUAAAUCCAUUGUGUGCACUAAGGAAUAAUAGAUAAUGAAAUGUGUGAAAUCUUAACUGAAGAAAUAAUAUAUAAUAAUAAAUGCUGCAUGAUGAUCUGAAAUUACAUUGAAACACCAGGUGAAUCCAGAUGGAUGGUCCCUCAUUAAGUUUUUCCAUCGCACUUACUAAAUGUUAUACUGGAUCUUAGAGCCGAAUAUUUACCAUAAAAGGACCUUUUGUUUGAGAGAACAUGGGUACACUCUGUUCUACAAUUUCUCAUGUCUUAUGAAGGCUUUCUAUGCAAUCUUUCAUUCUGCAUUGAUGUACAGUUUUGCUUACAAAAUUCACCACUUCAUUAAGUGCAACAAUAAACUUGUAUAGUGUGCAAACUUAAGUCUCUGUGUCCGCAAGUCUAAAGUAUUGGUAGCUCUGUAGAAAAUGUCUAGCGAUGGUAUUCAUGAAUAGUGGUGGGCAUAUUUGGAUCACAUGCUUGGACUCAUGUUGCCAACUACAAGCAACAUGUUUUGGCUGAAUGUGCACAUAACUCUUGGGAAACUGUCUCCUGAUUUUUACUUCUCUCUUGUUGCAGUUUAGUGCAGAGCUAUUUCGUUCCUGGAAAAGUUAUUUUGGGUGUGUUUGCUGCUGAUCUGUCUGGAUAUUUCAACUUUUCCAGCCAGCUUUCGUUCAGGGAGUUUCACAUUAAGAAUGCGCAUUAUUGAUGUUGUAAAUUAAUCAUGCUCAAGGCAUGAUUUAAUUAUGCAUAAAGUAUGUUGGUAUCUUCACAGUAUCUGUUACUGUUGAACUUGCCUUAAAUAUCCAGGUGAACAAUUGUGCAGAAGCUGCCAACUUCAUACAAGAUGUUAUGCUUUGGAAGAAGUGCUUUGUGUUGAAUGUUAAGCACCUUCUUCAACUCUUGGGAACAUUGUGCUGCCUGUAGGAAAUUGCACUUUCUGAGUAGCAAGACAUGCUUACAGAAUAGUAUGCUACUUCAUGAUAUGACUUGAAAACUGAGCUUCUCACAUUUAUGAAGCAAUUUUUGACAACUUUCAACUAAUCUCAAGACGUUCAGGUAUUCCUUCUGGUGACUAAACAGUAGAGUGGCUGAGAGUGACUGUAUAAAUAAAAAUGUAAAAAAAAAGACAAGCAAUGUCAAAUAAAAUAUUAUCCCAAUCUUUCAA